AAUACUAAAACCUAGCCCGCAAGCACUCCAUCGCCUCAAGGGGCCGUAACUUAUAAAUUCACAAGACGCCGCGAGGGAUAGGGCUUCAUUUUGUUCCGUCGUUUGGACCUUGGAUUGGAUUGGAUUGGAGCUUCUUCCCCGAGCCUCUGAUUAGAAUACCAGGUGAAGCAGCAGCAGCAGCUAUGGCGGAAGUCUUAGACCCCCUGAAUGUCGCGGUGAACUAUCAGAAUGAAAAAGCCAGCAGUCAGCCUCUUACUGUUGUAAAGCUCUUCAACAGAUGGUGUUUAGACGGCCCUGAAGGAGUUUCGUUCACCGAGGUGUCUCUAUUGGAUUACAUUGCUGUGAAUCCUACUAAGCACGCUACUUAUGUGCCUCACACUGCCGGAAGGUAUUCAAACAAGCGGUUUAGGAAGGCCCAGUGCCCAAUUGUGGAGAGGCUAACUAACUCUCUGAUGAUGCAUGGGCGAAACAAUGGCAAGAAGCUGAUGGCAGUCCGCAUUGUUAAGCAUGCUAUGGAGAUUAUCCACUUGCUGACUGACCAAAAUCCUAUUCAAGUCAUUGUUGAUGCUGUGAUCAACAGUGGACCGAGAGAAGAUGCUACUCGUAUUGGUUCAGCUGGUGUUGUGAGGCGUCAGGCUGUUGAUAUUUCUCCAUUGCGGCGUGUUAACCAGGCACUAUAUCUGCUGACAACUGGUGCACGAGAGAGUGCUUUCAGAAACAUCAAGACCAUAGCUGAGUGCCUAGCAGAUGAACUCAUAAAUGCUGCCAAGGGGUCUUCCAACAGCUAUGCUAUAAAAAAGAAAGACGAGAUCGAGAGGGUUGCAAAAGCCAACCGUUGAGAAAGAGGAUAUUUUGGUGGGAAGGAAAAGAAAUGCAGGACAAUUUUGUUUAUGGGGCUUACUAGUUUUUUUUUUUGGCUUUUAUAGGUGGGAAGAUUUAGCAUGGAGGAACUUUUUCUGUUUGAGCUAUUUUCCGCCCUUUUUUUAUUAUUAUUUAAUGAAGUUCAUUCUUAUCCUUUUUUUUUUUUGGUCUAUUUAAUGUUGCGUAUACUGAGGAGCCUAGACUGUUUCUGGGAUGGUGAUCAUUCUCUGUUGAGUUACAGUCAACAUUGAGUUGAACUUUGUUCUUGGUUU